AUGGCCUCCAAGCCUGAGAAGAGGGUCGCCUCGUCUGUCUUUAUCACCCUGGCGCCCCCACGUCGAGAUGAGGCCGUGGUUGAGGAGGUGAGGCGAGCAGCUUGUGAAGCCCGGCCUGGCCGCCCCUGGGAAUCUCCUGCCCCCACAAAGGCUCCCAAAGCUGGCUCAGUGGGAAAGCUCCAUUCCUGGAUGCCCCCUGGCAGGGCUGCAGCCCCAGGGCCAGCUGGUCCACCUCAGCUCUCCAAUGGAGGGUGUUCGCUUCCUCCUCCGCCCCUGGACGUUGACGAUGCACUUCCAGACCUGGACCUCCUCCCACCUCCGCCUCCGCCCCCUCCAGCGGACCUGCCCCCUCCUGACGAAGAGCCCCCCUCCGCGAUGGGGGCGUCACUCAUUUCAGACUUAGAGCAGUUGCACCUGCCCCCUCCCCCACCCCCACCCCCACCACAGCCCCUGGUGGAGGGGCCUCCACUGCAGCCUCGGCCCAGUCAUCUCAAGCCUGCAGAGGAGGAGCUGCCGCCCCCACCAGAAGAGCCUGCCGGCUUCCCUGAGAGAGAGGCCUCCACAGACAUCUGUGCCUUCUGCCACAAGACUGUGUCCCCCCGAGAGCUGGCCGUAGAGGCCAUGAAGAGGCAGUACCACGCCCAGUGCUUCACGUGCCGUGUCUGCCGCCGCCAGCUGGCCGGGCAGAGCUUCUAUCAGAAGGAUGGGCGGCCCCUCUGUGAACCCUGCUACCAGGACACCCUGGAGAAGUGUGGCAAGUGUGGUGAGGUUGUCCGGGAACACAUCAUCCGGGCCCUGGGCCAGGCCUUCCACCCCUCCUGCUUCACGUGUGUGACCUGUGCCCGGUGCAUCGGGGACGAGAGCUUUGCCCUGGACAGUCAGAAUGAGGUGUACUGCCUGGACGACUUCUACAGGAAGUUCGCCCCAGUGUGCAGCAUCUGUGAGAAUCCCAUCAUCCCCCGAGAUGGGAAGGAUGCCUUCAAAAUUGAGUGCAUGGGAAGAAACUUCCAUGAGAAUUGCUACCGGUGUGAGGACUGCAGGGUCCUCCUGUCUGUGGAGCCCACGGACCAGGGCUGCUACCCGCUGAACAACCGUCUCUUCUGCAAGCCGUGCCACGUGAAGCGGAGUGCUGCGGGGUGCUGCUGA